AUGUUACCCACGCCCCCUACUCCAGACACCCCUAAUGUUACCAGUGUCCCUACUCCAGACACCCCUAAUGUUACCCACGCCCCUACUCCAGACACCCCUAAUGUUACCAGCGCCCCUACUCCAGACACCCCUAAUGUUACCCACGCCCCUACUCCAGACACCCCUAAUGUUACCCACGCCCCUACUCCAGACACCCCUAAUGUUACCCACGCCCCUACUCCAGACACCCCUAAUGUUACCCACGCCCCUACUCCAGACACCCCUAAUGUUACCCACGCCCCUACUCCAGACACCCCUAAUGUUACCCACGCCCCUAGCGUCCCUACUCCAGACACCCCUAAUGUUACCCACGUCCCUACUCCAGACACCCCUAAUGUUACCCACGCCCCUAGCGUCCCUACUCCAGACACCCCUAAUGUUACCCACGUCCCUACUCCAGACACCCCUAAUGUUACUGACAAAAUCCCACCUUACUGUACCACUAAUAUUUCCUUUUCUUGUAGUUUGUACAAAGAAGGUUAA